AUGGAGGAGGCGCUGCUCUCCACCCCCAUCAACCCCAACAACUUCCCCGCCAAGCUGUGGCGGUUGGUGAACAGCCCCCGGUACCGCUCGAUCCGCUGGGAUGGCCGCGGCGAGGGGCUGCUCAUCGACCAGCCGCUCUUCGAGGCUGAGCUGCUCAGUCCGCCUGGGCCGGGAGCUGGAGGCGGCAGUGGCGCUGGGGGCAGCGGCGUGGGGGCCACCGGGGCCGAGCCCGAGCUUUUCAAAACCACCAACUUCACCAGCUUCAUCCGCCAGCUCAACCUCUACGGCUUCMGAAAGGUGGUGCUGGGUGGGCCGGGCGCGGCGGGGCCAGGGCCSGGGCCAGGGGCCGGCGGACCGGCGGGCGACGGACCACUCCACCACUUCCACAGCCCGCAUUUCCGCCGUGAUCAGCCGCAAUUGCUCGUGCACCUCAAGAGGCUCACCAGUGCCAACAAGGCCAAGCUGGCGGCCGGCCUGGAGGUGCCCUGCCGCCCACCCAACCGCUUCCAGAGGCUCCUCAUCACGUCAGCCUCSGCCUCGGCCUCGGCUUCCACCUCCCCGCUGCAGCACCAGGAUCCGCCGCCGCCGCCCGCGGGGCCCCGGCCAGAGCCGCAUGGACCAGUGGCUGUAGGACAAUUUCACCGGUCAUUCCGGCGAGAUAGUUUGUCUCCUUAUUCCUACGUAUCAGCUUCAUCCCACAACCACAGUACUUUCCCUCUGAAAGGUUUAGAUCGGACCCCGAUUCCUCCAAGAACAUGGCAGAACUCCCUUGGAAUGCACCCUGGACAAGUGGACACAUCUCCUACUUUUUCAGAUAAAGGGGUUCCAUUUCCUGUACUGCAGAGGUUUCCAACCGAGGUUACCUAUACACUGCAGCCCAGUGCCACAUCUGUACACGUUCAACAAGGCCCUCAAACAAUGGUCAGCUCCUCCCAAAAAUAUAGUAACUACACACCCUCAGCGCAGUACUCCCAAGCCUACUAUCCAACAGCUGUUCUACAGUGCUGCUCUCCUUCUACCCACAUGGACGCUCUAAGUAGUUGUGUCACUCCCACUGCCUCUUCCUACGCACACUGCAACUACUUCCAGAAUCCUCCAAUGCAAUCCUCCUAUCCAGUUGAAUUUUUGCCUUCUAAUUGGCCUUGCAGUUCUACUGAUGAAAAUAAAAAGACGGAAGUAAACCUAGAGGCUGUCUUUCAGAUAGUAGAUGAGUUGCAUUCCUCCCCUAAAUUGGAGAUGGUGAAGGUGGAACCUGUUGAGAAUCAGUGCCCAACAUCUCAGUCUAACAGAGGCCAACAUAUCCUAGCUAAUUCAAGCAACAGCAAUCCAUCGUCCACAAGUCAGGCUAGCCAGCUGGAGCCACUUACUCCUGUAGGCUCAGAUAUUACAUCUUUUGUGGUUGGAACAGAACAAGCAAUUACCUGCUCUCUACCACAGUCACCUGAGUACAUCUAUACCAUCCACACAGCUCAACCUGUGGAAAAUAGCACAAUGCAGGAAUCUGCAGCCAUACAACAAGCUCACGUCAAACUGAAGGAGCAGCUAAGUCAUAAUCCAUCUCCAUCUUCAGUAGUAUUUGUGCAGGAAGGGCUACCAUUCAACACACACCAGGUGGAUGCCAGUAUAAAAUGCCAGACCAGUCCACCUGAGAAUAUCUUGCCUUCAGAACAGAUGGGAUUCCUCAUUUCAGAAAUGGGGCCAGCUAGCAAAUCUAGUAAAGACACAGGCUUAUCCACUCCAGCCAGAUACAGAGAGCGAAGAAGCAACUCACAACAAGGAAAGUCCCCUGAUCUUCAUCUGCUGGUGGACGUGGCCUGCAAGCARGAGCACUUUCCAAAGGAGGAAGAAUUAAAAGAGUGA